CUUUACAACUCAUUCGCUUCCUCAUUCGCCAUUAAGUUAUAAAGAAAAAGAAAAGAAAAAAAAAAAAAAUGUCUGAAAAAGAGGUUCUCUAUGCACGGCAAGGAGCUGUUGGUACUAUCACUCUGAACCGUCCAAAGCGUGGAAACGCCUUGUCGGGUCCAAUGGUCAACCAAUUCGUUGAUAUCCUCAAUGCAGCCAUUGACGACCCUGCUGUCCGCGUGAUCGUUGUCACUGGCAACGGCAAGUACUUUUGCACAGGAAUGGACUUGACUCCUCAGGACGAUACUCCCUCAGCUUCGGAUCCUGUCGCAGUCACACAGACAAUGUUUACCACAUUGGCCAAAUCACCUAAACCAACGAUUGCACGUGUGAACGGACCAGCCCUUGGAGGAGGGGUCGGCAUUGUCUUUGCUUGCAACUUUAGGAUCGUUCACCCCUCUGCAUACUUCAGUAUGCCAGAGGUCCACCGUGGAUUGAUCCCAGCCUUGAUCUCCGAGGUGAUCGUCCCCCAACUGGGAGCCUUCCGAUCCAAGCAAUACAUGCUUUCUGGAGAACGCGUCUCGGCUCAGGAGAGCUACCGUGUCGGAUUCGUCACAGCUGUAGUUGAAGAUGAAGAGUCGCUCGAUAAGAAAGUCAAGGAGUAUGUGGAUUUGUUACUACAGAGUGGACCCGGAGCCAUGAGAGACGUCAAGCUCUUGAUUGACGCGGUGGAUCUGCGCGGUGGAGACCAAAAGGUAGUCGCAAGCUAUGUCCGCGAAGCUUUUGGCAAAAUGAUUACUUCAGAGGAGGCUGCACACGGCAUUGGUGCAUUUGCCAGUCGUGAGAAACCCAAUUGGGAUGAAUUUGGCCUUGGUUCAAAACAAUUGAAGCCCAAGCUUUAAAUGUAAAAUAAAUUAGGAAGAUUGAGUUAAUUUGGUGGCAAAGAAGGAUCACGUAAAUAUUCAGGCUCAAAAGAUAUUCUCAAC